CCGCUACUGGUAGUAGCGGUUUACGUGUAGUGUUUUGCCUAUAUAAACCGUGGUUGUAGCCGCGGAUUAUGAAUUUAGAUGGUUUGUGGAGUUUUUUAGAGAGAGAAAAUUCUAGAGAGAGGUCAGAGCAAGUUGUGAGCGGGUCCGAGGUAUCUCAGCGGCGACUUCUGGCGAGUUAUCAUGGCAAGCAGGACCCUGUACCGACUGAACGGUGUUGCGCAUAUUGCCGGUUCUAUUGGUGACGAGCCCACUAGGUGUAUAUACAGUGUGAGACGGCAACAGAAUAUGUCCAUGCAUGAAAGGAUCAUCCCGUAUUUAGAGAGGGCUGGAUUGUACCAUUUGGCCAGGCUAAACAGCCAAUGGUUCUGGUUGGAUGAGCCACUGGUUAGUGCGUUCGUUGAGAGGUGGCGUCCUGAGACGCAUACACGGCAUUUACCAGCCACCUCCUCGCAUCCUGUCCCUUGA